AUGGGACUACUCCUUCCGAAUUUACUCGGAGUGUUACUCUUAUUAACCCUUACUCCACCGUCUAUGUCUCAGCUCCCUCCAACAAUAAUGGCUCCAGCCCCUGCGCCAACUCCACCAUCAGAUCUUUGCAACGGAAUCUUUCUCUCUUACGCGUUCAUACUCGGCCGCAAGAUCCCUCCAAACGAUACAAGCGACCAGCCUUAUCGGUUUGAGUCAGUCCUCACGGUUCUUAACAAUGGCCGUGAAGAGCUCAAAGAAUGGAGAGUGUUCGUUGGAUUCCAACACAACGAGAUACUUAUCUCAGCCACCGAUGCGUUGAUCGUCAACGGAACUGAGCUUCCUGCUUUGGUAGGAAACGGCACCAUCUUUGGUGGCUAUCCUGUCUCUGACCUCAAAACGGCCAUUCAAACGGCCGGAGACUUGAAACAAAUGACGGCUGAGAUCGAGCUUGUCGGGACUCAGUUCAUGGUGGCUCCUCCAGCUAUUCCUUUGCCGUCCAACAUAUCGCUUGUUAAUGAUGGUUGGCUCUGUCCUGAGCCUACUCUUCAAAGCAAAAGAGAGAUAACGACGUGCUGCAAGAGAGACGCGAGCGUUAAAGUCAACACAACAAUCACCACCAAAUUCUUCCCACGACAGCCUGGAGACUUGACCAUAAUGUACGACGUGAUCCGAGCCUACGACCAGAACUACCUAACCGAAGUAACCAUGGAAAACCACAACCCACUAGGUCGGCUCGACCAUUGGGAGCUUAGUUUCGACUGGAUGCGAGACGAGUUCAUACAAAAAAUGCAAGGCGCAUAUCCAACGGUCGUGGACGCUACAAAAUGUAUCUUUGGUCCUCAGUCCCUAAUCUACACUGGUCUCGAUUUCGCUGACGUUCUCACCUGUGAGAGACGACCGGUCAUCGUUGACUUGCCUCCGACCAAAAAGGAUGAUCCUAUAUUAGGCAAGAUCCCUUCUUGCUGCAGGAACGGUACUAUCUUGCCACCUACCAUGGACCCUUCUAAAUCAGUAUCCGUCUUCACGAUGCAAGUUUCUAAAAUGCCUCCCGAUUUCAACCGUUCCGCACUAUUCCCACCGCAGAACUGGAGGAUCAAAGGGACCUUAAACCCGGACUACUCGUGCGGGCCACCCGUUCGGGUUAGCCCGACUUUUUAUCCGGAUCCGAGUGGUAUGCCCACCAAUAAAUCAUCUUUCGCAAGUUGGCAGGUCGUAUGCAACAUUACACAAGCCAAAACCGAGAUACCAAAAUGUUGUGUAUCCUUCUCUGCUUUCUUUAACGACUCGAUCAUUCCUUGUAACACAUGCGCUUGUGGUUGCGUUUCCGAAACGCGACGCACCUGUAACGCUGAGUCACCGUCACUUCUCAUCCCUCCAGAGGCUCUUCUCUUACCUUUCGAAAACAGAACCUCUCUUACGCUUGCUUGGAACGCACUCAAGCACAAAGCCGUCCCUAACCCGAUGCCGUGCGGGGAUAAUUGCGGCGUAUCGAUAAACUGGCACAUGGCCUCGGACUAUAGAGGUGGUUGGACCGUGAGGAUCACGAUUUUCAAUUGGGGAGAAAUCGAUUUUCCAAACUGGUUCCUCGCGGUACAGAUGAAGAAACCUGCGCUUCUAGGGUUUGAGAAAGCCUACUCGUUCAACGCAAGUCUCCUAAGCGUAGACGGAAGUGUCAACAACACCAUUUUCAUGGAAGGUCUUCCGGGUCUAGACUAUCUUGUGGCGGAGGCUGAUGAAAAAGAUCCAAAGAAGAAGAAACUUAGGGUUCCAGGUAAACAACAGUCGGUUAUACAGUUCAGCAAGAAACUCACGCCGGGGAUUAAUGUGGCGGAACGUGACGGGUUUCCGGCGAAAGUGAUAUUUAACGGCGAGGAAUGUUUGCUUCCAGAUAUACUUCCGAUGGCUAGUAGUGGCAGACGAAAUGAGUUUAUCACGGUUUUGUCUUUUAUAACGUUUUAUGUUGCCGUGUUUAUGAUUCGGUAAUAAGCUUUUUUUCUUUUACUAGGGUUUAUUAUACUUUGUUUUGUUUGAUUGAUUAAUUUGUUUUGUAAAAUUAAA